AUGAGCCACCCACGCAACAGUAGUACUCUCAGGAGAAACAGUCGCGAUGACAUUGCCCAUCGCAUUAUGGAUUAUGUCAAACUCCCGAAUAGCCCAUCGUAUUUGGAACUGCGAGUGGUGGGGCAACGACAGGAACCCAGCAUUCGCGUGACGGCUCCCGUGGAAGACGGCAAGGUGGUCUACAAGGUGUCCUACUUUCAAGACUAUGCGAGCUACGGAGACGAAGAACAAGUCAUUCGAGAAUUGACAUUUCCAUUGCAGCAUCGAAAGGGUGUCGUGGCAUUGAUUGAUCAUGGAUAUAUGGAACGGAAUCGAUCCAUGACCUUGUUGCCCUUUCGAAAGAGGACCGACGAAUUGGGACACUGGGAUCUACCACGGACCGAUCGCAAGGAACGACAUGAAUUGAUCCAAAUGGUACUCGAGUCGCUAUUGGGAGUAUAG